UUUGCGAUUGUGAGAUCGCCCAACAGAUCUUUAUCUUCUCUAAGACUGUAACUUUGAAGCCUUAUAUACACACACACACACACAUAAACAUAUAUAUAUAUAUAUAUAAACAUAUAUAUUGGGUUUUUGGCUGUAGUUUGCGGAGAGACUGAGUUGUGGAAAAAGAAGAAGAAGAAGAUGGGGAUCAGAUUCAUAUUGAUGGUGAACAAACAGGGCCAGACCCGUCUUGCUCAGUACUACGAAUAUCUCACUAUCGAAGAACGCCGAGCCCUUGAGGGUGAAAUCGUCCGCAAAUGUCUCGCUCGCACCGAACAACAGUGUUCUUUUGUUGAGCACCGGAACUACAAGAUUGUGUACAGACGAUAUGCGUCAUUGUUUUUCCUUGUUGGAGUUGACAAUGAUGAAAAUGAGCUUGCAAUUUUGGAAUUCAUACAUCUGUUAGUUGAAACCAUGGACCGACAUUUUGGCAAUGUGUGCGAGCUAGACAUCAUGUUCCACUUAGAGAAGGCACAUUUCAUGCUGGAGGAAAUGGUCAUGAAUGGGUGCAUUGUGGAGACAAGCAAGAGUAACAUUCUGGCUCCAAUACAGCUGAUGGACAAGGCAUCUUGAAUACUUGAGGUUAUCAGUGGGGCUUGUUAAUUUGUACUGUUUCUUGUUGUGCAAUCAAGUUGAAGAAUGUAAUUUCAAAUCAUAUUUAAAGAAUUUGAGUUUGGUUACAUGAAAUGCGGUUUUAGGUGUCA